UUGGAAAACAAAAACCAUCUUUCCCAAGUUCAUCAGAUCUUUGGUAUCCCAAUAAAAUGGCUAAAAAAGCCGUCAAAUACUAUGUGGUUGACGCGUUUACCGACUCGCCUUUCAAGGGAAACCCAGCAGCAGUCUGUUUGCUGGAGGAAGACAGAGAUGAACAGUGGUUACAAUCUGUGGCCGCUGAGUUUAAUCUUUCCGAGACUGCUUACUUGACUCGGACUAAUGGCUCCGAUUCUCAAACUCCCAGGUUUCGUCUUCGAUGGUUCACUCCCGUCACUGAGGUUAGGCUUUGUGGACAUGCAACAUUAGCAUCUGCUUACACUCUCUUCACAACUGGGAUGGUAAAUUCGGGCAUAAUUGAAUUCGAAACACUAGCCGGAAUUCUUACUGCUAAAAAGGCUCCUGAUUUCAACUCACCAAUCGAUGCCUCCUCUCGUAUCGAAGACCCACAAAACUGCUUCUCUGUCGAGCUGGAUUUUCCUAUAGUUCCCUGCACCGAAUUCGAUCCUACGGAGGUUUCGGUUUCAGCAAUCUCCAAAGCAUUGAACGGUGCCGAUAUUAUCGACAUCAAGAGGGCAAAACCAGAUGAUAAUUUCCUUGUUGUGCUCCCAUCUGCAAAAUCCGUCAUGGAAUUAAAGCCAGAGAUCGAUGACAUACGUAAAUAUGGUGCUGAAGGCGUAAUUGUUUCAGGGGCUGCUCCUAUUGAGUCUGGGUUUGAUUUUGCUAGCCGAUGCUUCUUCCCAAGAAAUGGCAUAGAUGAGGAUCCUGUGACUGGUAGUGCACAUUGCACCUUGGCACCCUAUUGGAGCAAAAAGCUAGGGAAAUGUGAUCUCAUGGCGUAUCAAGCAUCGGCUAGAGGUGGAAUCCUAAGCGUUUUUUUAGAUGAGAAGAAUCAGCGAGUGCUACUGCGAGGAAAAGCUAUCAUAGCCAUGGAAGGCACUCUUAUGGUUUAGAGUUUGUGCCUUAAUUCUGGUUUAUGUAUAACGUUUUUACAAUAAAAUCCCUUUUAAUGUCAAUUUACACUAUCAUAAUUUACAAUUUUACUUGAAUAAUAGAGUGAUAAAAAAUUUGCUCA